AUUCAUUACGUUUUCGUUGACGGCGCAAGGCGGUUGUGUUAUUUUAUUCGGCGGGCGCAUGAGUUUCUCGUCUAAUUUUUAAAAACUCGUUUUACAUUCAAAGAACGAACCAGCCAUAUAUGUAAACAAAUCGCAAUUGCAGGCUGGCACUUAUUUAGGCAUUGGUACUGAGAGUUACAACGGCACGAUGUCGGGUGUUCUGGUGUUUUUUGUAAAUGGAAAAAAGGUGACCGAAGCGAGUCCGGACCCGGAAUGUACGCUCCUCACAUAUUUGCGGGAGAGACUAAGGCUGUGCGGCACCAAGUUGGGAUGCGCGGAGGGUGGUUGUGGCGCCUGCACCGUGAUGGUGUCCCGCCUGGACCGCCGUGCCAGUAAAAUCCGUCACCUGGCGGUCAACGCCUGCCUCACUCCGGUGUGUGCGAUGCACGGAUGUGCGGUGACCACGGUGGAGGGCAUCGGGAGCACGAAGACCCGGCUGCAUCCGGUGCAGGAGCGACUGGCCAAGGCGCACGGCUCGCAGUGCGGCUUCUGUACUCCGGGCAUCGUGAUGUCCAUGUACGCACUCCUCCGAAAUGCGGAGCAACCCUCGAUGCGGGACUUAGAGGUGGCCUUCCAGGGCAACUUGUGCCGCUGCACUGGCUAUCGCCCCAUCCUCGAGGGCUACAAGACCUUCACCAAGGAGUUUGCCUGCGGAAUGGGUGAUAAAUGCUGCAAGAUUAGUGGCAAAGGAUGUGGUUCCGAUUCGGAAACCGAUGACAAACUCUUCGAGCGCAGCGAGUUCCAGCCCUUGGAUCCCAGCCAGGAACCCAUCUUCCCACCAGAACUUCAGUUAAGUGACGCCUUCGAUUCCCAGAGCCUGGUGUUCAGCUCGGAUAGGGUUACUUGGUAUCGUCCCACUAACCUGGAACAGCUCCUCCAGCUGAAGGCCCAGCAUCCGGCUGCCAGACUGGUCGUGGGCAACACGGAGGUGGGCGUGGAGGUUAAGUUCAAGCACUUCCUCUACCCGCAUCUCAUCAAUCCCACCCAGGUGAAGGAGCUACUGGAGGUGCGGGAAUCCCAGGAUGGCAUUUACUUCGGUGCCGCUGUCAGUUUGAUGGAGAUCGAUGCUCUACUCCGGCAGAGGAUCGAGGAGCUACCGGAAUCGGAGACCCGUUUGUUCCAGUGCACCGUGGACAUGCUGCAUUACUUUGCCGGAAAGCAAAUUCGCAAUGUAGCCUGCUUGGGUGGAAACAUUAUGACUGGUAGCCCCAUCUCCGAUAUGAAUCCUGUGCUCUCGGCAGCAGGAGCUCAACUCGAGGUCGCCAGUUUUGUGGAUGGCAAGACUCAAAGGAGGACUGUCCACAUGGGAACUGGUUUUUUCACCGGUUACCGAAGGAAUGUCAUCGAAGCUCACGAGGUCCUCCUGGGUAUCCACUUCCGAAAGACGAAUCCGGAUCGGUAUAUUGUUGCGUUCAAGCAGGCCAGACGAAGAGAUGACGACAUAGCCAUCGUGAAUGCAGCCAUAAACGUUCGCUUCGAGGAGAAGUCCAAUCUGGUGGCCGAGAUUUCGAUGGCCUUCGGUGGAAUGGCUCCCACCACAGUGCUGGCUCCUCGGACCUCCCAGUUGAUGGCUGGUCAGGAGUGGAAUCACCAGCUGGUGGAGCGAGUGGCGGAGAGUUUGUGCACGGAGUUACCUUUGGCUGCCUCGGCUCCUGGUGGCAUGAUCGCCUAUCGACGAGCUUUGGUGGUAAGUUUGUUCUUCAAGGCCUAUCUGGCCAUCACUCUGAAGUUGAGCAAGUCGGGGAUUAUAUCCUCCGAUGCCUUGCCGCCUAAGGAGCGAAGUGGUGCCGAUACCUUCCACACUCCCGUCCUCAAAAGUGCCCAGCUCUUCGAGCGCGUCUGCAGCGAUCAACCCAACUGCGAUCCCAUUGGCAGACCCCAAGUUCAUGCAGCUGCUUUGAAACAGGCGACCGGAGAAGCCAUCUAUACAGAUGAUAUUCCCCGCAUGGAUGGCGAAGUCUAUCUGGCGUUUGUCCUCAGCACCAAGCCACGAGCCAAGAUCACCAAACUGGAUGCCACUGAAGCCUUGGCUUUGGAGGGAGUUCAUCAGUUCUUUUCGUACAAGGACUUGACCGAGCAUGAGAAUGAGGUCGGUCCUGUGUUCCAUGAUGAGCACGUCUUUGCCGCCGGAGAGGUUCAUUGCUAUGGACAGAUUGUGGGCGCCAUAGCGGCGGAUAAUAAGCCAUUGGCCCAGCGAGCCUCACGACUGGUGAAAGUGGAGUACCAAGAACUGAGUCCAGUCAUAGUGACCAUUGAACAGGCAAUCGAGCACAAGUCCUACUUUCCGGACUAUCCGCGUUUCGUGACCAAGGGCAAUGUGGAGGACGCUAUGGCCCAGGCGGAUCUCACUUUUGAGGGCACUUGUCGAAUGGGCGGGCAGGAGCACUUCUAUCUGGAGACCCAUGCUGCGUUGGCGAUUCCUCGGGAUAGUGACGAACUAGAGCUCUUCUGCUCAACCCAACAUCCUUCGGAGGUCCAGAAACUGGUGGCCCAUGUCACCGCACUUCCUGCCCAUCGUGUCGUUUGUCGAGCCAAGCGAUUGGGAGGUGGUUUUGGCGGCAAGGAGUCCAGGGGCAUAUCGGUGGCCCUCCCAGUGGCCUUGGCCGCCUACCGAAUGGGACGCCCUGUGCGAUGCAUGUUGGAUCGCGACGAGGACAUGCUCAUUACCGGCACCCGGCAUCCCUUCCUGUUCAAAUACAAAGUGGGUUUUACCAAGGAGGGUCUAAUCACUGCCUGCGACAUCGAGUGCUACAACAAUGCUGGAUGGUCUAUGGAUCUGUCCUUUUCGGUUCUGGAGCGAGCAAUGUACCACUUUGAGAACUGCUACCGGAUUCCCAACGUGCGUGUGGGUGGAUGGGUGUGCAAGACGAACCUGCCCUCGAAUACGGCCUUCCGUGGCUUCGGAGGUCCUCAGGGGAUGUACGCUGGAGAGCACAUUAUCCGGGACGUGGCCCGGAUCGUGGGCCGCGAGGUGGUGGAUGUGAUGCGGUUGAACUUCUACAAAACAGGAGACUACACACACUACCACCAGAAACUGGAGCACUUCCCAAUCGAGCGGUGUCUGGAGGAUUGUCUCAAGCAGUCGAGAUACAACGAAAAGCGUUUGGAGAUCGCCCGAUUCAACCGGGAGAAUCGCUGGAGGAAGCGCGGAAUGGCGGUGGUGCCGACGAAAUAUGGAAUUGCGUUCGGGGUAAUGCACUUGAAUCAAGCGGGCUCACUGAUCAACAUCUAUGGAGAUGGAUCCGUGCUUCUGUCCCACGGAGGCGUUGAGAUUGGUCAAGGACUAAACACCAAGAUGAUCCAGUGUGCCGCCAGGGCCUUGGGCAUUCCGCCGGAAUUGAUUCACAUCUCGGAGACGGCCACGGACAAGGUGCCCAAUACCUCGCCCACGGCGGCGAGUGUGGGAUCCGAUAUAAACGGCAUGGCCGUUCUGGAUGCCUGUGAUAAGUUGAACAAGCGACUGGCGCCCAUCAAGGAGGCGUUGCCCGGCGGAACGUGGAAGGAGUGGAUCAACAAGGCCUAUUUCGAUCGGGUCAGUCUCUCGGCCACCGGAUUCUAUGCCAUGCCGGGAAUCGGCUAUCACCCGGAGACGAAUCCCAAUGCCCGCACCUACAGCUACUACACGAAUGGAGUGGGGGUCAGUGUGGUGGAGAUCGACUGCCUGACUGGCGACCAUCAGGUGCUCAGCACGGACAUCGUCAUGGACAUCGGUUCGAGUCUGAAUCCGGCCAUUGACAUUGGUCAGAUUGAAGGAGCAUUCAUGCAGGGCUACGGCCUGUUUACUCUGGAGGAGCUCAUGUACUCACCGCAGGGAAUGCUGUAUUCCAGAGGCCCCGGCAUGUACAAGCUGCCAGGAUUUGCCGAUAUCCCCGGAGAGUUCAAUGUCAGCCUACUGACAGGUGCCCCCAAUCCACGUGCUGUCUACUCCUCCAAGGCUGUAGGCGAGCCCCCGCUCUUUAUAGGAUCAUCAGCAUUCUUUGCCAUCAAGGAGGCCAUUGCAGCUGCUCGCCAGGAUCAGGGUUUGAGAGGAGACUUCCCGCUGGAGGCGCCUUCCACAUCGGCCCGCAUUCGAAUCGCCUGCCAGGAUAAGUUCACAGACUUGCUUGAUAUACCCGAGGCAGGAACCUUCACCCCAUGGAACAUUGUGCCUUAGAAAUAGUUUUUAUAUUUUUAUCAGACGUUUUUAAUUGUUUUUGUACAUAAUUAACUUGAAUAAAUGUUCGAAAAAUAUUGUUUUAAA